AUUUCUAGCACUAAAACGUGCUGUUAAAAAUGAAAAGCGUUGCAGUCUAUUGAUCCUGCUCAUUUCACUUAUUUGUCGCGUCCGCUGAAGUCCUUCAUACGGCGCUCCGGUCGUCGUUCCCGUUAGACGCGCGCUUCGCUUCCUCCUCGGUUCCCAUCGCGGUGGCGUUGUUGUUGUUGUUGUUGUUGUUGUCGGGGACGCGAGAUACGAGUAAACACAUUUGUCCGGAGGCAUCGGCUUUUAAAAGGAAAUGUGCGGUGCGUAAAUUGUCUGAAACGUCCUCAUCGCGUUCCUCUGGGGUGCGCGCACUAAUGAGGGAGUCAUUAGAACCCGCGACCACGGCGAUGGAGCCAUGCAUUUUUUAUUAUUGAGUUGCGCUCUGUGGUCUCGUGUGCUGCUGUGGGCUCGGUCUCAAACACGCACGCACGCACGCGCGCACGCGCGCACAAGCACACGCACACAGAGCAUGGCGCGAAGGAGCGGGCGAAAUAACGGUUUUCGACAUUAAUCACUAGGAAUAAAUGUGUGCGCUGAACCAGAAGCAGUAAGUAAGAUGAACUAGGAAACAACAACCUGUCGAGCGCGCGCGACCCGCAGACUCACUGAGCUGCUGCGCUCGGAUCCGUCCCAGUCGGUCAGUGAGUGAUGUAAGAAUCCGGGGUGGCCGGCGGUGGGCGCGGGGGGACAUUGAUUGUUGAAGUGGCAGGACGCGCGCGCCGGGGGACACUCGCUGACACCGGAACGAGGCGCAUCGCCGCGGCGCCCGAGGACCCGCGCGCUUCAAGGGAUCGGAGCGACCGGGCGGACAAGUUGCAGCGAGGGAGGGACUGGAAAAGGCGGCUGCCGCUGCGCAGGAAGGACCAGGGACGGCUGAAGAAGCAGAAUGUGCCGCGUCCCCGCUCGGGUCGCUCCGUGCCUCACUUUGCUCGCUCUUUUUUCUGCCAUUUACGCGUGCGAAGCGCUCCAGGGCUGCGGGGACGUGCGGUGCCCGGAAGGGCAGCGGUGCUGCGCGGGGGCCAACGGCAGCGCCACCGCACGCUGCUGCGCGCUCCCGCGCCACACGUUCCUCGACAGCCUUGUGUGGGUGGCGCGCAAGCUGUCGGGAGUCCUCAUCCUGCUCCUCCUGUUCGCCAUGGGAUACUUCAUCCAGCGCAUCGUGUGCCCGCGGCCGCGCAGGCACCGCAACGGGCGCGACGAGCCGUCGUCCCUGCUGGGCGGGCGCGCCGCCGCGUCCCAGGACUCGCUGCUGGAGCGCGCGGCCGAGCGCGCACCCGCCGGGGGCUUGAACUCGCCCGUGCUGCAGCUGCCGGCGUACGACGAGGUGAAGGACCUGCCCACGUACGAGGAGAGCAUGCGGGUGGGCAGAGAGCGCUCGUGCGAGCGGUUACUCGGGUCCUGCGCGGAUCGAGGUCCCGGCGCAGCGCGUGCCGAGCUGUCAACGGGACAGCCGGCAGAGGGUCAGAGCGCAACCAGGACCCCCCUCCACUCUGUCUGAGUGUCCGCCUCACGCCGAUGCCCACGCGUGUCCAUCCGAUUAGCAACAGAUGCGCGUGAACGUGUUCGAAUGCUGCUCGUCUGC